UGACCUGCUUGUUCCACAGUUGUGGUGUGGUGUUUUAGAAAUAAGGGCAACAAACAGAAAGUGGACUGCAUCUCACGACUAGAAAAGAGACUCAACGAUGAAGCUCAGUCACCACAGUCUCAACACUUGAGCUCAUCAUCAUGAAAGACAAAAACAGCAUGAAAAGCUCUGGAGUUGAAGCUGGGAUGGAGGAGCAAAUUUCAGAAGAAGAAAACCACAAGCUGGUAUCACCCUGUGUGAGCUCACAGCUAGGAGAUGGCAGUCCUGCAAAGGAGCGAAGCCACGGCCAAAAGCCAGUGGAGAGGGAUUCCCCAGAGAGCCCUUCAGCAAUAAAAAGAUGGGAGUUUGGGCCGCUUCUACAGUCAUUCAAAUCCAAGAUGGCUAGCUUUACUGAGAUUGUCAUGAGCCCUGUCCGGCUUUUUAAGCCCAGUGACUCUCUGUCCUUGAACGCACUUCCUAAUCAGCAUGAAAAGCUGAUAGAGUCAAAUGUUGAAAAUUCAACGUGGUCUGAGGAAGCCGAGACUGACAAAUAUAGAAAUGGAUUGUUUCCAAAAAGGCCUUCUUCAGAAAAGGUGCAAUGCAACACUGCUGUAAAACGCCACAGAGUUGCACAGAGACUGGAUUUUUGUACAAUUACGACAAGUAACAACCACAAGCCAGUAUUGGAUCAUAUUCAAAUGCACAACGAGUCAUCAUCAAAUGAAGAAAAUCAGAUAGACCAUCCUUCAAGCCAGUCACAAGCCGUCCUUCAGGAUGGGACACAAGAUGUCAGUCCUUGUAAAGCACAGAGCCCUUUCCUCAGAACUAAAUCAAAUCCAUCCACAGACAAACUUUUGAAAUCUGCCAGUCCCAUGAGUGUGUCCAACCAGACCGGUUUUGAGACGGAUGGGCAGGUUGUUCUGCAUCGUCUGUCAGGGGAGAGACAGACCCGUAGCACUGACACAGCCUGUGGACAUAAACAAAAGUCCAACUUUUCAGAAGAGGAAUCAAACCUGUUGAAACCCGUGUCUGACAGUAGCGUAAACAAACCUGAUCCUGGAGUCUCCUCUUUUAGCACUUUCUCUGAUUUUGAUUUGAAAGAUAAAGGCACAAGCACAGUUGGCAGGAAAGAAUCUUUUUCACGUAUGGCCACCAGGAAAAGCCCUAGAAAGAAAUAUAUGUCAGGGUCAGCAGAACCCACUUCCACUGAACUGGCCACUUUUGUGACCAGAUCAAAGCCUCUGGAUCUGGAGAUGAAGGAAUCGGCGUCUGAAAACAGUAUGGAGUGGGCAGUAUCAGACCCUUCAAAGACCAUUUCUGUCAGAGAAGUGAGGCCAAAGAGAUGCAGAGAAGCUCCUCAGACAAAGAGAGACUUGCAGGCAAGGGGGAAAUGUGAUUUGCAGAAUGCUAAAGAGGGAAGACCUACGAGGAAUAAAAAAGUAAAAAACAAUGACAUUGCAUUGGAAAUUAAACGGGUGGAAGAAACAUUUGUUCAGGUUAGGAAAAAGAGGAAAGAGGUUUCUAUAAUGCAACCACUCCAAGACUCAAACGUGCCAAAAGAUGACAAGAUGACAAAUAAAAUGGGACGGGAAAAGACAAUUAGAGGUCAGUUGAGAAAAAAUGUAAAAUGUAGGACUUCACUGACCUCUAGCAAUGAAGUUGAUGCCACUGAUCCUACAUCCUCUCAAGAUGGUACACAGAAUGUCCUGAUUGACAAGACCAUGAAUGGUUCAUCAGAAGAGUUUGAGAAGACCAUCGAAACACGAAAAACAAGACGGCAUUUUAAAAAUGUAGGCGAUUCUUUGCAGAGGAGAAACAUUCGUCCACUCAAGCACAAGUUUGAGGAACUUUGUGUGACUUCAGUGGUUGAUCCAGCGGGACCAAGUAAGCCUUCAAAAAGAACACUACUGCGCGGCGAACAAUCAGUUAUUUCGGCUGAGGAGCAGGAUUCCUGUAUUUCUGGACUGAAAGCAAGAGAAGAAAUAAAAGCACUUCCAUCACCUGGUUCGACAGCUCCAGUGCAUUCAGAAAGAAAACUAAGCAGACCCACAAAGAAUUUAAUACGAUCCAAAAGAAAAGAUUGUUCGGUUGCAAAAAGGAGAGGUACUAUUGGAGGUAACAGUGAAGCGGAGAGCCAAGAAAAGAUGACGGAAGCUGUUCCAGUAGUAUCGUUGUCAGGUAGCGGUCCCAGCCGCCUCCUGCGCAGCUACUCCUGCCCUGAAAUCCCGUCCCUUGUAUUCAGUGACUGUCAUUUCCCCCGGUCCCACACGCAUGACAUCAGCACUACCUCACCCAGCAGAAAGAGCUCACCCCCUCCACUUCCCAUCCACCUUCACUCUCCGUCCAAGCGCACUCGCCGGCACACCGUCUGCAGUGUGGAGAUUGAGCGCGAAAUUGCCCCUUUGUGUCUCCGUAAGGAGGUGUACCCUUCUAGUCGGGGUGGCCCUUUGUGCCCCUUCUCUCCUUAUUCUCCCUCCACCUCCCUCACAGCCCUUGCCUCGUGUUUUUUGUCCAGUCCUUUAGCAUUCUUGUCUAAAGGCUCAAGCCAAGGGCGUAGUCAUGCUAGCGACACCAGCUCUGGCAGUGUUUCAGAUGCCUUUAGUUUUGUCGCCUCUUCUUCUUCAUCAUCAUCAUCAUCAUCACCGUCCUCCUUCAGUCCCCUUUUUUCCUCCACCCUCACGUCCUGUCAUGCUUUAACCGGCCCUUCCUCUGUCACUCCCAGCCCUGAGACACCUUCCACCUCUGUGUCAUCACUCUGCAGUGCGUUUUCACAAAGCUCUUUGGAAGGAGACAGUCGGCUGCAUCAGAUGGAGUGUGAGGAGUCGAUAGAGGAAGAGAGAUCCAACUUUGACCGUAAACUCUCUGCAGCCUUCUCAGAGGAGAAAGCACUAUCAGACUCUGAAAUCAAGACAGAGAUUAAAGAUGGUCAGCGCGGAAAGGUGUCCUCAAUUCGUAUCCGUAAAAAGAUUCCAAAGCCUCAGAAUAAUCUCACCCCUAUGGGCCUUCCUAAAGUCAUCAGAGUAAAGAAGAAGGAUUUCAGUUUGGAGGAAAUCUACACAAACAAAAACUUCAGCAAACCUCCUGAUGGGCGUUUGGAAACCAUAUUUGAGGUGCCUCUUAACCGGCGUGACGGCUCUCAGGCUGUCGUUGGCCCAAAAAAGGUGAAGCGCUUUGUCGAAUUCCCUGAACUGGGUGUUGCCAGGAAGCCCAAGAAACCUUUGGUCGGUGUAAUAUCUGGGGGCGGAGCCCAGAGGAGCGCUGGGAUCUGUAGAACCAGACGAGGUGUCGAGGCCUCUUCCAGAAUGGAGGAUAGCCUCAACUUGCAGCAGCUGGAGUCCCUCCUUUGCUCCAAACUUGAGGAGUUAGACACCUGGAUGGCACUUCAGCAGGUUGCAGGCUGAGGCAGAGGUCUUGGUUGUUUUGUACCAAACAAUGGGAUUUGUAUGUAUUAUGUUAAAAUUGACUGUAAAUUCAACAAGAUGACAAUAAAUAGACUUGCAGAGCUGUAAAAUGUUUUAUUACUGAUGUACUGUAAAGAAUACAUCACAUUCUUUAUAUAUUUUGCAAGGUAAUGGUGUUUAUUUUGUAGAUUUAACAAGAAACGGCUCCAUUUUGUUUAGUCCUUUUAUAACCAUUCAAAGAAAGCACUUGUUUACAUGAAUCUGCGGCAUCUGUUUAAGAUAUCUAGAAUUCCUGCUCGCCACAUCUCCGUAUCAGAGAGUGUUUCAAAUGAAGAGUCAUAAAGCUUUCCUCUUUUAAAACUUUAAGCUUUGGUUGAAUUGAAUGCCUUAUUAAUACACUCUCAGGAAGGCCUGUGGGUUUCAUUAUAAAGGAGACGCCACAAAGGACUUUGUAGUGUCAGCAUUGAAUACAGCGAGUUACCAGUGAGACAAAAGUUUGCAUUGUUAAUUUUUUGAUUAUGCUUGAUGCUUCUCAUCUCGACGCAUAAAGGAUUUAAAGGUUUCAGUGCAUUCUGUGCUUUUACUCAGGGACUCUAACUAUAGUCCAUUCACUUCAUUUAGGCUUCUGUUCAUCUUUGAUGUAGUGAUUUAUAAUACUGCUUGUGGUGUUUGAACACGUUGAAUGGUUUGUGUGUAAACUUGUAUAGAAGUCUGCGCUCUGUAUUUCUAAUAGAAUACAAUUGAACUGUGUUUUGUAUUUCGGUGUUUUGUCGAGUUGUUUGUAAGAAGUUCACAAUAAGCAGGUGCUUUUUGACUGUUACACAUUUUAUUACAAAGUCUGAAAUACAUGCAGUGUACAAAACAUCAAAAGCACACAAUAUUAAACAAUACAACUUAUUUACAAGACCAGAAUGUUAAUAAUGUAACCACAUCCGGAUCUCGACAUUUGACAUUUGCUCUCUGUGAGCGUCUCAAUGUUUUAUUUCCAAUUUAAGAUUAUAAAUAAAAUCAGCUUGCUGAAGUGUAAAAGUU